AUGGCAUGGCAGGUGUUUGGUGUGAUAGAGACGGAUGCAGAACGCACAGGUGGGGAGGGUAAAACGGGAGAGGGCAGCGAAGCAGAGGGGCCAGACGCGAAGAGAGUGAAGCUGGAAGGGGGCGUGGCAGCAGCAGGGGCGACGGCGAAUGGGGGCUCGCCAGGUGGCAAGAGGAAGCUGUUUGUGGGCAGCAAUGCUCUUGGAUACAGACGAGACUUCAUGGAGGUGGUGCCGUCUGUGUCCAAUGGCCUUCUCUCGGACUGGGAAGGAGUUGCUGCUAUUUGGGAGCAUGCACUGAAGGAUCGCCUACUGGUAGAUCCCAAGGAGCAUGCAGUGCUGCUAGCUGAACCGUCCUUCAACCCACCAGCAGCGCGUGAGAAGACCGUGCAGCUCAUGUUCGAAACCCUCGGGUCCCCGGCGGUGUUCCUGGCCCGUAACGCCGUUUUGACGUCCUUUUCCUGUGGGAAAGCCACCUCGCUUGUGGUUGACAGCGGCUUUUCAUCCUCAACAGUUGCAGCAGUGCACGAUGGAUACGUGCUGCAAAAGUCCCUCCGUCGCUCACCUGUGGCUGGGGAUGCACUCACAGAGUUUCUGCUACGAUCCGUGGGCAGGCAAAAGGUCCGCCCACGGUUCUCGUUCAAGCGAGUGUUGAUCCGACCGGGCCAGUUUGAGCUAGUGGACCAAGCCUAUCCCAACACCACGGACAGCUACCGCCUGUACAUGCAGAAGGCGACCGCAGCAGAUAUGAAGGAGACCGUGUGCCGCGUGCCCGAUGCUCCUUACGAUGAUCUCUCCUUCUCCAAUGUACCCACAGUGGCAUAUGAACUGCCAGACGGCCAGGUACUGGAGGUGGGCAGCGACCGGUUCAAAGUGGCUGAUGCACUCUUCAAUCCAAGCCUGUUAUCUUCAAUUGCUUCAGCCGACCCGUCCAGUGGCGGAUGGACAGCAGAGGCCAUUGCUGAUGCUGCCAAGUCACCAGGGAUAGCGAGAAUGGUGGUUGACAGCAUCAGCAAGUGCGAUGUGGAUAUUCGCAAGGACCUCUACAGCUCUGUGCUGUUGUCCGGAGGCACAAUGGCCAUGCAGCAGAUCAAGGAGCGCCUGGAGAAAGAGCUCAUGGCGGAGGCACCACAAACAGCGAAAGUGAAGGUUUUGGCAAGCGGCAAUAUUAUGGAAAGGAAGUUCAGUGUAUGGAUUGGGGGUAGCAUCCUCGCUUCCUUGGGUUCGUUUCAACAAAUGUGGCUCUCCAAGGCAGA